ACGACUCAAAAAAACCCCCAAAAAAAUAUGUCGGUCCUUUCUUGACAGCUCCUCCAAGCAACCCAGAAGGAAACCCAACGAAAUGUGCCGAAGGUGAUGCAAUCUCCGGGCUCGGGGCCGCGGCGUGCUCCUUUUUGUCCUAUUGUGCAGUUUUGAUGAGGGGCUGAGGCGAUUUGAGGAUAAGUCAUUACCACGUGUUACUGCAAGCUGGGAUCAGAUGAAUGUUAUUCUCGUCCUCUGCUCUCCAGUCUGACUUGUUGCUUUGUUAAAUCACAUACUACUCACGUGCUCCUGUUGUCUCUUGCUUUGCUUUUGGCCUUUCUUCCUUCCGCAACACCAUCACCACACCGCGUCAUCAUUGAUGGCGGACCGUUCCAUCUAAUCACCUUGUCGAGUUGCUUCGUGCUCCUGUGCUACAUGACGGUAUCCGCGGCGCACGAGACUGUUCCUCACAAAAGCAAGUAGCAAGCAACAUCCUUGCCGCUCUUCCCUGCCGUACUGGGGCGGGUUAAACAACGCCAUUUCGCCCUUGGACAAAAGAAACCCUACUAUAUUACAUCACUAGAGUGGCCAUCUACCAAUCUGGCUCCGGCUACUUCCCCCGCCUCAAGACGCCACUGAAGAUAUAACGCUAGCCAGGCUACUGUUCUUCCCAAACCCGACCCUUGACCACUUGCACAAACUCAAAAAGCCCACCCCGCACAAAGCAAAACCCCUCCAAAGAAAUACACAAAAUGGCACCCGAAGCAAACGGCUCGACCCGCCGCCCGCUCACCCGCGGCAUCUACGUGCCGACCGUCGCCUUCUUCACGGCAGACGAGGAGGUGGACGUGGCAACCACGGCCUCGCACGCCACCCGGCUCGCCGCCACCGGCAUCGCGGGCAUCGUCUGCCAGGGCUCCAACGGCGAGGCCGUCCACCUUGACCGGGACGAGCGGAAGCUCAUCGUGCGCACGACGCGCGAAGCCCUCGACGCGGCCGGCGCCCACUCCCUCCCCGUCAUCGCGGGCGCCGGAGCCCAGAGCACGCGCGAGACGGUCCAGCACUGCCGCGACGCCGCCGAGGCCGGGGCCGACUACGCCAUCGUGCUCCCGCCAGCCUACUACGGCAGCCUGCUGACCACCAAGCACAUCGUCGACCACUUCCUCGCCGUGGCCGACGCCUCGCCCGUCCCGCUCCUCGUCUACAACUUCCCCGGCGCCUGCUCGGGGCUGGACCUGUCGAGCGACACGGUCCUCGCCAUCGCGGAGCACCGCAACGUCGCGGGCGUCAAGCUGACGUGCGGCAACACGGGCAAGCUGGCGCGCGUGGUUGCGGGCGCCAAGCCGGGCUUCUUCACCUUUGGCGGCAGCGUCGACUUUACCAUCCAGACGCUGGCGGUGGGCGGCCACGGCAUCAUCGGCGGCACGGCCAACGUCGCGCCGCUGGCCUGCGUGCGCCUCAUGAAGCUGUGGGAUGAGGGCAAGGCAGACGAGGCCCGCGCCCUGCAGGCCGUCGUGGCCAGGGGCGACUGGACCGCCAUCCAGGGGGGGUUCGUCAGCGUCAAGGCCGCGCUGGAAAAGUACAAUGGCUACGGGGGGAAGCCGAGGUCGCCCUGUGCGCUGCUCGAGGGGGACGCCCUGACCAAGCAGCUGGACGGGUUCGCGGAACUGGUGGCUGCCGAAAGGGAGUUGGAGGGCAAGUAGGGCUUUUACUUCAAUUGCAUAGCAAUUGCUGUUAUUUACCGGCUUUCUUCUUUGAGUUAAUGCAUAAUCCAAUGGUUGGUUGUGCUCUCAUCGUGAAUGAUGUGUUACUAUGUUAUACGUUGCCAUCUGGGGUUUACUGCUCCCCCAUCAUCAGCAGUCCUUUCGCCAAGACUUGCCCCUGAAUACAUGAAUACCAGGCUCAGAAAGCACUACUUCCAACCUUGACAAGCUUUCCGGCUGUACCCUUGCAGCUUUCCCCAGGAACUUGAAGCUCAUCUCAAUAUUCACACUGAAUGAGAUAUCUAGGCAAUAUCCCAUCCACGUAGCUUUGUACAAGAAACAGAAUACACGGCAAGAGAAGUUCGACCACUGCCUAUCACGUCUUGUCGAGGCUGGGCACACAAACAGACACGCCAUACGUCGCACAACAACCAGAAGCUGUAUCACCGACCCGUCACAUAUCCAGGACUGUUGGGCUCUGUACUACGUCCUGUGGCUCUUUCAUAGCAUCACAAUUUGGUCGCCCUGACCCCCACGAUAUUGGUGAAACGAGCUCAGAUCAUCAGGGAAUUUUCAGUUGUCUCUAUCCGUGUGCUCAUUUUGCUAUUAGUCGUUGUUAUACAUGUAUACACUGCCAAAGCGUCGCCAGCUUUUGCAAAACUGACGGCAUCUUUCCAGUCCGACUGGCGAGUAUACACCCAACUUGCUGCGCGUGCCAGACUGAUCACCUCAUCGAUUUCUGUGGCAUAGUGAAAGCUAGCUAUUUAUGGAACAAAGCUACGGUGAGAAUAAAAUACUUUUGAUCACAACGCAAAUCCCAGUUUGCUCGUAGCCGGGUCGAUAGAUAGAAAGCAACGAAGAACGGAAAACAGCUCGGGAAACGCCAUUGACAAGUCCAAACCAAGACCAGGCGGAUACAACGUGCUUGCUCGUCUGUUGAUCUCUUGCCUUGGUUGGGUCAAGUCCUUGGCUGUUUUCCUCUCCACCACUCGAAUUGUUAUUUUCCUUUCAAAUUCAGCGUGGCCGUAGGCAGAUGCAGUGUAAAAGAGAGAUUCCAAAACAAUGCAGAAAAUGAACGAGAAAACUCAAUGCGAUAAAUAAAGGAAAAUUUCAUCGAG